GAUAACUCUUCUGUCAGCAGGUGGCGGUAAUGCGCUGAGUUCCGUUAGGGACACAGCAGAGGAAGUUCGAACUGGUAGCUUUCAGGCAGGAGUUUAAAUGAAAGAUGGAUCAGAAAAUUCCUUAUGAUGAUUAUCAGCUGCCAGUGGUGUUCCUGCCCUCUUAUGAGAACCCACCGGCGUGGAUUCCCCCUCAGGAGCGUGUUCAUCACCCAGACUACAACAACGAGCUCACCCAGUUCCUGCCUCGUACCAUUGUGUUGAAGAAACCCCCAGGAGCCCAGCUAGGUUUCAACAUACGUGGAGGCAAAGCAUCACAACUAGGAAUCUUUAUAUCUAAGGUUGUCCCGGAUUCAGAUGCUCAUAGAGCAGGACUUCAGGAAGGAGAUCAGGUUCUUUCUGUGAAUGAUGUGGAUUUCCAAGACAUAGAACACUCCAGAGUAAGUUGUAGCACAACUCGUAAAGUUUAA